UGCUGUACUGUACUGCUCUGUACAUGUGCAUGUGCAUCACCCACCCACUCCCACUUUCCGUUCGUAAUCCAUCUUUCCCGUUGUGGGAAUGUGGGAUAGUCCAGAUACGGUGCGUGCACGUGAUGUCGCGUUCGGUUCGAGUGGGAACCGUUUACCGUCUGCCCACCCCACAUUGAUCGGAAGCGUGACUUCCCUCUCCGGACUGUGUGAUCUUCACCACUCUCCCAUCAUCAACGGACUCAAGCUUCUUAAUAGCAUAACACUCAUGACUUGUUGAAACACACCGAGAUCGAGCAAAACAUGCACCCCCUCUCCUCCCUCCCCGGCUACGACACCGCUCCAGAUGUGUACGAGACCGCCGCCGCCGCCGCCGAUCCGGCUGCCGAGGACACGGUCUCCAGUCUCCCCACAACGGCAGGUUCGGGUGUAGAGACCGAUGCGACCACCGAAGACGACGAAAGUGGGACGGACGACGAGGGAGGACAUGGGAUCAGUCAUCGCCGGCUCCACCCUUUGGAAGCGCGGGCGCGGUUUAGGGAGACGGAGGGGUUGGUGAGGGUGGGGAGGGGUGUGGAGUUUGGGGAUCGGAUCGGCAGGAAAGGGACGGGGACGGGGACGGGGACGGGGAUGGGAAGGGCGAGGGGGUACAGAGUCCGCAAGCGGAGAGACGGGGACGAGGAGGAGGAAGAGGGGCUGGAGAAGAGGAUUGCGAGGUUGCGGAGGGAGGUGGAGGAGUGUCGGGCGCUUGCUGAGGCUGAGAGGGAGAAUGAGGAGGUGGGAGGGACGGAGGGGCAAGGUGGAGAGGGGAGGGGCGAGGGUCAUGAGGGCGGUGAGGGGAAGGGUGAGGGUGUGGAGGGGUUGAGUAGGAUGUUGGCUGCGAUUGAGGUCCCAGAGAUUGGGCGACGCGGGGGGUGGAGAGGGGAUGGGGCUGAUGGCCGUGCGACGGUGUUGCCAAGCAGAGCGCAGGAAGAGGGCGAUCACGACGAGCAGAUGCUGCGUCGCGUUUCGGACUUUGACGCGCGGUUGGCAACGUUGGAGCAAGCAUUAGGUCUCGCGAGUCUGGACUCUACUGUUUCAGACACUGUAGCUGCACCUGUGCUGCCGUCGUUGGCGAUGCUGGAUCAGCAGUUGAGCGCUCUCACGACUGCGACAUCAUUAUCUCAACUUGAAGCGGCGGGGAGUCGGAUUCGAAAUCUCAAAAUUGAGGCGGAACAAGCGCGAGCCACUACCAACGGCGAAGUCACGGAGGGGGAGACCGUAGCAGCGCUGAGUUCAGAAGACGUGGCCAAGCUACAAAAACUCUACGAACUUCUCCCAGCACUUCAGGCCUCGCUCCCUGUGGUGCCGUCCAUGCUCGCACGGUUGCGCAGUCUGCGGACACUACACACGACUGCUGCCAGCGCGGCCAGCGAGUUGGAAGAGCUCGAGCAGCGACAGACGGAGACGGAGAAGGAGAUCAAGGCGUGGCGGGAGGGGUUGGAGAGGGUGGAGCGUGCGGUGGGAGAGGCGAGCGAGAGUAACGGGCGGAAUGGGAAGGUGGUGGAGGGGUGGGUUAAGGAAUUGGAGGAGAGGAUGAAUGGUUUGCGAUGAAAGAAGGGCUCAAAGACUGCGCUGAGCCGCUCACUUUCACAA